AUUGCCUUCAACCUCUUCGAACAGCAACCCGCUUUGCGCAUCUCCAUACAACCACCGAAUAUACAUCAGACAUUAUACGGCUUCGUAGCAGAAUAUGAGCUUCAGGGGCUUCCAAAAAAGCGUGGUCCGCGCACCACAACAAUUCAAGCAAAAGUUUAACCUCGGCGAGCAUACCAAAGACCCUGUCUACAUCGACUCGGAGCGCAGAUUCCAGGAGCUCGAAACCGAGACCAAACGCCUUCACGAUGAAAGCAAAAAGUACUUUGAGGCCAUCAAUGGCAUGCUGCAACACCAAAUCGAGUUCUCAAAGGCAAUGACGGAAAUCUACAAGCCCAUCAGCGGCCGCAUGUCCGAUCCCGAUUCGCUCGUUCCCCAUGGAAACUAUGAGGGUAUUGCCGCCUGCGAGGAGUACGAGGCCGUUGUCAAGGACCUGCAGGAAACACUGGCGCCAGAGUUGGAAAUGAUCGAGGCUAGGGUUAUUCGGCCAGCGAACGAGCUCCUCGAUGUGAUCAAGGUCAUUCGCAAAACGGCCGUGAAGCGCGAGCACAAGAAGCUGGAUUACGACAGACACCGCGCCACCCUCAAGAAGCUCCAGGAUAAGAAAGACCGGUCGGCAAAGGACGAGAAGGCCAUGUGGAAGGCUGAGAACGAAGUUGAGCAGGCCACGCAAGAGUACAACUACUUCAACGAUCUGCUUAAGGACGAGCUACCCAAGCUGUUUGCCCUCGAACGCCAGUUCAUUCAGCCGCUUUUCCAGUCCUUCUACUACAUGCAGCUCAACAUCUUCUACACCCUGCACGAGAAGAUGCAGCACUGCGACAUUGGCUACUUCGAUCUUACCUUGGACAUCGAGGAGGCCUUUUACGCGAAGCGUGGUGACGUCCAGGAGCGGGCUGAGGCUCUCUCCAUUGUCAAGUUCAAGACCACGGGUAUGAAGCGACCGCCCAAGUACCAACGUCCAGGUGCUCUCGAAGGAAACAAGCCAGCAGGUCUACUUACAGCUGGCUCCUCCACGACCACCUCCACCGGUCCGCCUGAGCCGGCUCCCUCAGUCACAGCUCCACGGCCCUGGGAACAGCAACAAGCAGCAGCUCCUGCCGUCACAGCACCGCGACCUUGGGAAACCCAGGCGGAACCAGUAGAAGCGCAUGCGCCGCCACCGUAUUCGGUGAAGCCGAGUACGCUACAUGCCACGCCCGCCUCCUACGCCGCUCCAGUUGCCAGCCCGAAGCCCUCGUCGUUGUCCAUGGCGGCGGCUGCAAAGGCCAAGCCCCCACCGCCGAAGCCCAAGCCCAAGGCCCUCAUGGCGGCGGCACCCAAAGUAGAGACCGUUACGGCGCUUUACGACUACUCGGCGCAGGCGGAGGGCGAUCUGAGCUUCCGUGCCGGUGAUGUGAUUGAGAUAGUAACAAGGACUGCGAACGAGAAUGAGUGGUGGAUUGGAAAGUUGCAUGGAAAGCAGGGUCAAUUCCCAGUUAUCAAAGAGUUGCUUUCAGCACGCUUCACUUCUCAGCAUGACUUCAACCUAUACCCCUUUUUGUGGACCCGUUCAUGGUUAGGAGUUAUUUGCAACCAUAACACGGAUUCUUUCUAGUUCGUCUGCUUCGUACCAUGCCGUGAAGUCCUGUAGCAGGGCCUUGAUGAUCCUCUACGGAUGCAAUCAUAUGCGGCAGGUGACUCUGUUGG